AUGUUCAAUACAGCUACCGCAUAUAGCCAGUGGCUUGAGGAGGCUGAGUCGCCCGCAGACUUCAUGCGGGGUGCCCACAGAGCGGUGGAAUUAGUUCGGGCUGUGUGGCAGAUCCAGAUUAGUGAUCAUGCGCCUCCUGAAGUGUUGUUGGAGACAGCUGAGGCGGGGCUAGCCGUAGCUCGCGCAGUGCUUGAGAACACGCCUGCAACUGAGCUUGAUGCCGCACGUCUGCUCGUGGCUGAAUUAGUAAAAGAGGUCGACAGUACCCCCACCCCUGAAGGAGAAGGCAUUGACAGCAUAGAAUACGCCAACAUUAGGGCUCUGUUGCUUGUGGCCCGCACUUGUGUGGAGGCACUUGCUAGUGACUCUGUUGCGGCAACGUGUUCAGUGCUUGAACCCCUCAGCACUCCUGAAGGUCACAUGCUGGCUGCUGAUUGCAUUGAAGCAGUGAUACUGAGAUUUGGCAUUGACAAUCCAGAGACGGACGCUCAAUCAUAUUGGGAUGCUUUGUCCGCAAUGGAUACGCAUCUUAAACUUGCUCAACAGAUGCUUCUGGCGCAACGUAACAAUAACAAGAGUGAUGUUGGUGCAGGUGGCCGCUCUGCGCAACUAGCAAUGGUAUACAUUGCUCGUGCAGACAUCGAUCUCCAGCGAAGUCAACUUCCACUUGAUUCUGCUCGUACACAUGCGGCGAUUCUUGAGAAAAACGUGAAGGCCUUUUUGACAAACGCUAGUGCUGUGGCCCGAGCAACCGGCGGGCUUCGGGAGACUGUGCUAGAGCGCACGCAACGUCAGAGACGUUGGUGUGAAGCACAAGUGCGCUUGGCAAUCUUGGAGCAGCGAGAUUGGCGCGGAAUUGGGCCUGGGUGUGAGGCAGUAUUUGCAGAUUGUGCAGCCCAAUGGUAUUUCCGGAAAUGGCUUGAGUGA